AUGGCCGCAAUUGGGAGAUCAUCGGCAAUCAUAAACCUGAAGGGAGAUAAUGCCUCAGUAGAAAAGCAAACUUGCGAGGAGGAGGACGCACAGAAUUUAUGGUCCUCAAUUUUAAGUGAGGUGACAACAAGGUCGCGGCCAAAAUUACCGGCUGGGAAAAAUGUCAUUGUCUUGGGUGAAGUUGGUGCUGGUAAAACUACUUUGGUUGCCAAGCUCCAAGGGUUGGAAGAGUACAUCAAGGGCAGAGGAUUAGAGUAUCUGUACUUCAGUGUCCAUGACGAUGACAUAGAGGACCACACCAGGUGUAAUGUUUGGGUGUUGGAUGGUGACCUGUUCCACAAAGGCCUUCAGAAGUUUGCAGUAACCCAGGAGAACUUGGCGGACACCCUGGUAUUGUUAGUGAUGGAUAUGUCAAGGCCGUGGAUGGCACUCGAUUCUCUGCAGAAGUGGGCAAGUGUGAUCCGUGAGCACAUUGACAAACUUCGAAUGAACCCAGAGGUGAUGAGGGAUAUGGAACAGAGAGUGGUGAGGCAGUUCCAGGAAUACUGUGAACCAGGCAGCAACCUGAGUUCCUCUCCUCAGAGAAGAAUCCCUACAGCAGGAGAAAAAGAUGAGGAGAGUGUUGUGCUCCCCCUGGGGAAAAACACACUCACACACAAUCUAGGUGUUCCAGUUAUGGUGGUCUGCACGAAGUGUGAUGCCAUUGGCAGUCUGGAGAAAGACCAUGACUACCGGGAUGAGCAUUUUGAUUUUACUCAGUCUCACAUUCGACGCUUCUGUCUGCAGUAUGGGGCAGCUCUACUUUAUACGUCAGUGAAGGAAAACAAAAAUGUAGAUAUACUGUAUAAAUAUCUGGUUCAUAAACUAUAUGGAUUUCCAUUGGACCUUCCUGCUCAAGUUGUGGAAAAAGACUCUGUAUUUAUUCCCUCAGGAUGGGACAAUGAAAAGAAGAUAGCUAUCCUGUAUGAAAACUUCCAAACGCUGAAGGCCAAUGACAACUUUGAGGAUGUCAUUGUGAAACCGCCCAUAAGAAGGGUUGUGCAUGAGAAGGAAAAGUUGGUGGAGGAUGAUCAGGUAUUCUUAACACAACUUCAGUCCCUUAUGAUGAAACAGCCGGCAGCAACCGCUGGAAGACCAGUGGACCCAGCUAAUCGAGCUUCCAGUGGUUCACCGAGAGCAACAAACCGCUCUGCUUCAGCAAAUGUCGCCAAUGUGAUGCCCAUACAAUCAGGUACCAAGAAGAUAGAUCCUAACAUCAAAGGGGGCCAGACAAGUGAAGGUGUCUUGGCUAACUUCUUCAACAGCCUACUCAGUAAGAAAGGAUCUCCUGCACCAGGGACCAACCCAGCAGGAGGAGGAAGUAGCACUGUUGGAACAAUCAAGAAAUCAGGAUCAAAGCUUGGCCUAUCAGACGUACAGGCUGAACUGGACCGCAUUUCUAGCAAAUCAGAUCUGGACACAUCCCCACCCACCAGCCCAGCAUCCCACAUCAAAGGAAAAGAGUCUUGA